AAGUGCUUCUGAUCACACGGGCAUGCGCACACGCGCCUCUCUCGCUCUGGAGACAUGAAGCUGCUGACCCACAACAUGCUCACUUCUCACGUGCGGGGAGUGCGCGCCGGGGGAGGAUUUCCUCUUCGGAUCCAGGCUACAGAGGUGAAGGUGAAGAAUGUAGAUUUCAACCCAGAGUUCAUUGCCCGGAUGAUUCCCAAAUUGGAAUGGGGAGCUCUGGUGGAAGCAGCUGAGAGUCUGGGCCAACGAUCGGACUUGCCUUCAGAACUCAUCCCCGACUACAAGGAUGAUGAGAAUUUUCUUCGGAAAGUGCAUCAUGUGUUGAUGGAGGUGGAGGUGGUGGAAGGUGUCCUGAAAUGCCCAGAUACUGGACGCGAGUUUCCCAUAACUAAGGGCAUACCCAACAUGUUGUUGAGCGAAGAAGAAACAUGAACUGGUUUUGUGUUGAAGCGAGGCUUGGGUGACCUCUUCCUGUGGAAGGGAAAGCCCUAUUUUCUUUUCUUUGGGGGAAUGAGACCCUCUGGUCAUGUUCCAGGUUGUUGUUUUCUGCAUGGGCAUAAAUAAAUCUCUUUUCUUAGGCAGAA